GAGAGAGAGAGAGAGAGAGAGAGAGAGAGAGAGAGAGAGAGAGAGGAGUGGGGUGUCAGAAGGAGGAGCUUCAUUUAAAGGCAGACAGAACACUUCAGAAACACCCUGCUGUCAGAUGAGUAGCUGACAGACAAGCUGUUGUGGACCUGAACGAGCUGGUAGUAUAGCAAAGUAACUUACACAGUAUAGUAACUGUGGUAGUAAAGUAACUUUAACAGUAUAGUAACUGUGGUAGUAAAGUAACUUUAACAGUAUAGUAACUGAGAUAGUAAAGUAACUUUAACAGUAUAGUAACUGAGAUAGUAAAGUAACUUUAACAGUAUAGUAACUGUGAUAGUAAAGUAACUUUAACAGUAUAGUAACUAAUAGUAAAAUAACUUUAACAGUAUAGUAACUGUGAUAGUAAAGUAACUUUAACAGUAUAGUAACUGAGGAGUAACUGUCCAGAAUGAAGAUACUCCAUGUUGUCUCCUGCUGUCUCCUCUCAGCUCUGUGUGUUGUGGAGUCAGCUGGCAUUAAUGUGAAGGGGGUGGUAGGAGGACAAGUCAAAAUCAAAUGCUCUCACACAUGGGCAGGUGACAAUGAAAAAUAUUUCUGCAAAAUAAAAUGUUACCAUAGAGAUCGUCUUGUUCAAACUGAGGGCAACAAGCAUUAUAUUGAGAAAGGGAGAUACACCAUAGAAGACAAGGGAGAUGGAGUCUAUGUGACCAUCAAGAACCUGAUGAAGUCAGACUCUGGGACCUACUGGUGUGGAGUGGAGAGAUAUGGCCUAGACACAUACCAAGAGGUGCAUCUCACAGUUACAGAUGCUACUACUUCUAAGGCCUCAGCGGUCACACCCAGACCCCAUCCAAACCUCUCUGCAACACCCCCAAACAUCUACACAACCUUUCUGGCAUCUGGAGACAUCAGUGGUCACUCUUCAUCAAGAGCAGGACAGAUUCCCGGUGCAGGACAGAGUGCUGGUAAGUUUCCUGUCUACUGA